AUGUCAAAAAACACUUGGCCGUUUCAUGGUGGUGAAUCGUGGAUUUACUUUGAAGAAAAGCCAACAAAAGUCAUCCGUUCUCGAAUCAUCACCGAGCUUCGAAAAAUCAACCCCGAAAGAAGAAUCAUCCUCCACCAAGACAAUGCAAGCUCGCACAAAGUCCAAAAAAGAAGGCAGUACUUAACGGAAGAAAACGUGGAAUUACUGGACCAUCCUUCAUAUAGUCCCGAUCUAGGUCCUAGCGAUUUCUUUACUUUCCCGAAAAUUAAAAACAGACUGCGUGGUCAAAGGUUCCAGUCACGAGAAGAAGCAGUUGACGCAUUCAAUAACGCCGUUUUGGAUCUGCCAGAAAUCGAGUGGGAUAAGUGCGUCGAAAAUUGGUUCGAGCGCAUGCAGAUGUGUAUUAAUCUUCGUGGAGAAUACUUCGAAAAACAAUAAAGUCAUUUAAAACUACCUACCGUGUUGUUUUUGUUUCCACAUGCAAUACUUAAAAGAUACUAGCUCAAAGAGACUAACUAUAACUAUGAACUGAUUA